CGGAAGAUGGCGACCUCAAACAAUCCGCGAAAAUUCAGCGAGAAAAUCGCCCUGCACAACCAGAAGCAGGCGGAGGAAACCGCGGCGUUUGAGGAGGUCAUGAAAGACCUUAGCAUCACGCGAGCUGCACGGCUGCAGAUACAGAAGACCCAGUAUUUGCAACUAGGCCAGAAUCGAGCUCAGUGUUAUGGAGGGUCACUGCCCAAUGUCAAUCAGAUUGGAAAUAGCAACACUGACCACACUUUUCAGACGACAGUAUUGGACACCAGUCGGACAACUCGACAUCAUGGCCUGGUGGACCGUGUGUAUCGUGACCGGAAUCGUAUUGCUUCUCCGCAUCGCAGACCUCUCUCUGUGGACAAGCACGGCCGGCAGAUUGACAGCUGCCCCUAUGGCUCAGUAUAUCUGUCACCACCCCCCGACACAAGCUGGAGGAGAACUAACUCUGACUCAGCUCUACAUCAAAGCGCUGUGAAUCCAGGUCCACAGGAUGCUUUUGUUGGUGGAUCUCAGGAAUUGCAGUCAAAAGGAGUUAAAACAUUGCUCUUGCUCACCCCUCCUGAUACAGAGGACACUGAAACAGAGAUGGAUCAAGACGAGUCUAAAGCAUCUCUUAACACAGAUUCACAAGACAUUCCUGGGAUUAACAUAUUUCCAUCUCCUGAUCAAGAAAUUAAUAGCUCUCUGAUGCCAGCACCUCACAGCACAGACGGCUCUUUACCGGAUCUGACAAACAUCCAGUUCCCUCCUCCUCUUCCCACCCCACUGGAUCCAGAUGACCCCAUUACCUUUCCCACAUCAAGCUCCACUAGUACCAGCAACCUGACGCACAUGGGCAUCAGUACUGCCAGUCACAUUCCUCCCUCUUCUCCCACCCAGCACACUGUCCCCGCCCCCUCACCCAAUAUUAACGCACAGCAGCCCGCCAACACCCUCCCACCUGCGGUCUCAACUCAGAUACCCUUUGUACAGCCGAUCUCGUUGGACAGUCUUUCGCUGGAGCAGCAGUUAUCGCAGUACUCUCUGCUGAGUUUACUGAAUGACCUGCAAAAACAGCCUCACAUGCUUCCUCAAAACAUUCGGCUCAUACCCCUCCCGCCUCUCACAGUAAGCUCCACCUCCAGCACCGCCCAGGCCUCUCUCAAAAGCUUAUCACAGACCUCAACAAGCGGAAAUGCCAACACAUAUCGCAAUCAGACUGGCUCUUCAGCCAAUCAAUCACCGACAUCUCCAGUGUCCAAUCAAGGCUUCUCACCCGGAGGCUCACCACAACACAUUCCAGUGGUUGGCAGUAUUUUUGGAGACUCAUUCUAUGAACAGCAGCUUCCAUCCAGGCAGACCAAUGCUCUCUCUAACCAGCUGGAGCAGUUCACUAUGAAUAUGAUGGAGAAUCCCGACAGCUCCAGUCAAUGUUCAACACUGAACUACACACAGGCAGCUAUGAUGGGUUUAACUGGAAGCCACAGCAACCAGCAGGACUCACAGCAGCUCAGCUACAGUAGUCAUGGCAACAUUCCCAACAUCAUUCUCACAGUGACCGGGGAAUCUCCGCCCAGUCUCUCCAAGGACCUCACCAGCUCAUUGGCAAGUGUCGGUGAUGUCAGCUUUGAUGCAGACUCUCAAUUUCCAUUGGACGACUUAAAGAUUGACCCCUUGACCCUGGAUGGACUGCACAUGCUUAACGACCCAGACAUGGUUCUCGCUGACUCGGCCACUGAGGACACGUUCCGCAUGGACCGACUUUGAACCUGUGAAUGCAGUUUUAAGCGAGAUGUUCAGCUGCAUGGCCUCUCUGUUCACCAUCUGGUCAUUGACCAUCCCCCCACAGCAUGCUGCCAAACCGUUCAUAGCUGGAGGCCGAGGGGUUGCGGGGGUUUGCGUAGGGUGGAGGUGGAAUUGCCAAAUCCACACUGGAGAAUUUCUAAUGCGCAAUAACGUCCAACAUCGAACAUCCACUUUCUUCAUGUAUUCAUGUUUUGUUUUGCAUUAUGUUGUCGUGGUUGUCGUCCAACAUGUCAUUUUUGUUUGUCUUGCUACGUGUUUUUUGGCCAGGUUUUUAUUCUAUUUUUAUUUCUAUUUUAAUGUUGUUUAUCCUUUUGUCUCUGGAGGCACAUAGCUUUAAUUUGAUACCAUUUGGGUUUUUUGUGAUAGUUUAUUAAUUAAUCUUUGCUUCAGUUUGUUUAAUUGUUUUUGUCAAAUUGAGUGA